AUGCGGUGGUACUGCGUGUCGCCGGCGCUGCCCAAGGGCGCCCAGUUGCGCGUGCGAACGUCGCCGAGCGCAUCCUCCCCGGAGAGCACAGGCUAUAGACUCAACAUCCAUGACGUGGUGACCGCGGCAUCGCCUCCAUUGAAAGCUCCGUGGCUGCACGUCUCCUGGCAGCACUCGGACGGGUACGUGAUGGCAUCGACGCCCGACGACAUGCCGCUGCUCGUUCCGUGGGAAUCGACAACGCUUGCCAAAGUUGUGUUUGUAUACCCCGAAACGCAGCUGCGCCACCAGUCCACGAACGAGACAGUGUUGCUCGAGCACGACGCUUACCUCGGGGUCCUGACAGAGCUUGUAUCGGGUGACGACGACGACGACGUGUCGUAUGUCGUGAUGUACCAAGGCGAGCCGUACAUUGUCGAGCAAGAGGACGUCGUUGUGAUGGCGGAGCGCAUCCACGCGUCCAUGCAAUUCUCCCUAAACCCAGACCUCCCCGACAACGCGACCGUGGUUGUGCGGCAGUGGCCUCAACGCGAUAGCGACCAAGUGGACGUGCUCACUCAUGGGCAAGCAAUCGCCGGCGAGAUCCGGUCGGAAGACUGGAUCAAGAUACAUGAACACGCAUGGGUGAUGUGGAAGAUGGCGAGCCACAACAACUUGGAGCUGCUGCAACCCGUGCGGCAACGCAGCGACCAAGAUAGCGAUGCAGAAGCGCCCGUUGACGUCGCCACCGGCGACGCGCUAGCAACGGGAGACCGUGCACCCGAGAGCCUCGCAAUGCCAAAUCGUGGAGGCUCCACCGAGUCCAGGCAGUGCUCUUUGCUCAGCGACAACCGUGCGGCGCCACCGCCAGACGACGACAGACCGAUUCGCCAAGCCAAACCAAACACACUACCCAACCUUGUCGACGCCGACCCACCCAUUUCGACCGUCGCCACUGUGCCACGUCAUGCAAUCGAGCGGCGGCCAGCCCUUCCUACCCCGUCGAGUGCGGUGCACGAAGAAGAUCGACCGAUCCAUCCUGUACAGAGUUCCAUGGAGCUAGAUCGACGAUGCAUUCACCCAGCAGCCUCGGACGCGGUCCACGAUUGCGACCGACCGAUUCCUUCAAUGAUCAAGUCUGCGAUCGAUCAUCACGUACUUGGUCCUGCUGCGCUGAACGGGGCGCAUUCGAGCGCACAAGACCGACCGAAUCGAUCGGGACCAUCCCAGCAUUGUUUGAACGAGUUACACGUAGACGAAGGCGAGGGUUUCGCGGGCGGCCGCCGCGACGCCUCUGACGACCGUCCGAUGCACCGCACAACGCCACGGGCUUGGCAUGACCGCCCGAGUCCGCCUCGCAACGAUUAUCCUGUCCGCACGGCAGUGGCGAGGACAUUCCACGACGAGAUGCCGCUUCCGCCGGCCGUAGACGAACGGCGUCUCCAUGUAGCCGUGUCGCCGGCAAUGGAAAUGCCCGUUCGUGCUACUGUGACUGCAGACCGACCUCGUCAUCCUGCACAGCCGUCCGACGCCGCAGCUUCCUCCGUUCUGGACGAACCUGUCCACUUGGCAUGGCCGCAUGCCGUUGGAGAGGACCAAUCGAUCCAGGCAGCGAUACCGACAAACUCCGCUGCCGACCAACCGAUCCAUCCAGCGACCACCGCAGCAACGAAUGGCCAUGCAACCGCUGCCAACUGUCGCUCGAUGCCUUGCGACGGUCCACUUGCCGGGCCCAUGGCGAUCCACAGUCGUGAUGACCCACCGAUGCCAACAUUUUUCGAUCACGACUCGCUUGCCGACCGGCCGACGCGACCGAUUCGUUUCGACAAUGUCAGCGACAACGUAUCUGUCCUCGCAGCGUCGACCACCGACGGCGAUGCAUUCAAAGUCGCCGCUGCUCUGUCCAACAACAAUGACCCGCCCGUCAUGCCUCACGAUGCGCUGUCUGUGCUUGGUGACGAUGCUCCCAUCGACCUGUCCAAGCUCCAGCAGCUUGCGCGGGACCUCUCGGACGUCCACGUAAUGUGGCCACUCCAAAUCGAGCUCUUGGACGCGCUGCACCCGCUCGUCUUGGACGGGAUAUCGUCGCAGGUGUCGGCUUCUCUGACUACCGACGACCAUGCCGCCGUUUGCGCCAUGCUCGAAGCGAAAUUGCAAGCGUCUCUGCACGCCAAAGUUGUGCCUGUGUUUUUGCAGUUGGCUGUGCCGUACCUGUCGUCCACCGCCCAGCGACCGCCGACGAGUUUGCUGCCUGGCCUCCUCCGCCUCUUUCAGGUCAAGGCGGCGCAGGCGAGGCUCGAGCCGUUCUUGGCUGGUUUUCUUGGUCGCUUUCCGAUGGACGAGGUGUGGACUGCAUUCGAGCAAGUGCUGGUCGUAAACUCCGACGACGAACGCGUUGCGCCACUGACUGAAAUGGGCGCUGCACGGCUCUUAGUGUGGUGGAGCGUCACGAUGUGCCCGAUCCCCGCCCCGCCGUCCACCGACGAUUGGACUUACCCGAGUCUGCGGCUUUGCGACGCGUUAGCGCCGUACGCCUCGCAUCGCGCGACAAAAGUUCGUGUGGCUGCUGUGGACAUUUUGGCGUUCUUGGUGCACCACCACUCGACCGGCCGCGAUGCCGCCCCGCCGUCCCAUUUGGAUCAAUGGCUCAGUUUGCAAUCGGACCCUGCAGUCCAAGAGGCAGUGCGACGUCGCAUGCAGUCCACGGACUCUCGUCCGAUGAACGAAGGCCAGCCACCAUCGGUGGUGGCCGCGCCAGUCGUGGGCUCGGACAAGUCUCUUGAGGAGCCGCGUUGUUUGUCGAGCGGGAACCCGCCAAGCUCGACGGACGAUAGCGACAAGGGCAAUGGUGUGGCAACGCUUCUCAAGCGGUCCAGCACGACGCCGCAACGCAAAGCCAAGGAGCGGUUUGCCCAGUGGAAACAAGACCGCCUCGACAACGAGGCGCCGCACGACCCCACGUUUGACGAGUCUAUCGUGGUUGGGGACCGAUUCAAUGGCGGGGGGCACGUUGUUUCGUUCGCCCAGUGGAAGCACCAUGACGACGGAUGCGGCCCCGCGGCCGAGCAAGCGUUGCAAGCCAAAUGCACCCCCCGCGACAAAGCCAAAAGCAAGUUUGCCCAGUGGAAAUGUCAGCAACAGCAGCAGGGUACGUCCACCGCCGCAUGCCCCACGAGCGACGUGGCAGGAACGCCACCGAAACACGACGAUGGCGCUGAGCUUCCACGUGCUCGAGAGGCGGCCUCGCUGGAUACGCCAGCGACGAUCGACGCGCAGCCAACUCGUCAGCACAGCCAAGAACCUGCGACCGAUUUUCGCCACGAUCGCGACCGCACCAUCGAAGCGGAGCCGUCCGCGCGCCAUGACUUGCGUGAAUCGUGCACGGAGCGCGCUGUUGCGACGAGCGAUUCCUCCGACUUGGGAGAUUGCGACUUGGCAGCCGUCGACGCCGCCGCCGACGACUUUCUGGAGCAUUCCCAUGACAUCGUGGCUCGGGUAGAUCGAGUUGUUGUGCCGGUCGCUCCAUCACCGAUCGACGGCGUCAACAAGUCCAAAUGCGCACAGUCGCGGCGCGACAACUCGGUCGAGGUGGGCGACGAGGCGAGUCCGAUGGCCCGCACGGUCGAUCUGGUCCUUCCCGGGGAGCCAGCCGACGUCGAGUCGCCCCGCCACGUCGACGACCCCGAUGGCGCUCUUAUUGACGGCGACGUAAUACCACGUCGUCAUGCGAUCGAUGGACGUAACGAAGUCGCCGACGACGAUGAUAUUGGAAGCGACAGCGUCGAGGAAGUCGAUGAAAACGAUGCGUACCUGACGUCGACGUCGCCGCGCUGUCGCAUGGACGGCCCAGUGCACACUGCCGACCCUCGUGAGGAUGAUGUGGAAGCGGUGGAUGCACCAUCACGCGCCGAGGACGCUUGCGACGUGGCCCGCGCCAUGUACUUUAGCGACGUGAGCGACGAUGAUGACGACGACAUUGCGUUGUUGGGCCACCACAGCGAUGACCAACUCGAUGCCGUCGACGAGUACGCGAUUCUCCAUCAAGAACUACUCGACACACACGUCCAGCUGCAUGACGCGGGGCGGGACGGCGCCGUGAGCGACGAAUUCCACGAGGAGUUUCCCGACGUGGACUUGUGGUGCGUCGAUCACUUGUUCAUGCCCGACCGAAACGUCGACGCGGAGCUCGCUCGAUUACAGCGCACGUGGAGCGGCGACGCGCGGGGGUACUGGGACGCUGUGUUGGAGAGUUCGCCGGCGAUUGUGCUGGCCGCCACCUUCCCGAACGAUCGACACGACCAAGUGGUGUCGUGGCUUGCAAACGAAUCGAUGCCAGAAGAAGAGCUGACGACUACAGACAAGGACGCGAUUGCCGAGUACAGGGCGCGGUGGGAGGCGGCGAGGCAAGCCGUGCUCAAGGACGUGAUGCCGCCAGCCCACGCCGUGCUUCGUCAAAUCCCGACUCCCAUCGCAUCCUCUCCGUCGGACGCGAAAAAGAUCAACACGCCGACGCGACUGCUCCAACGGUCGGUGAGUUCGCGCACGCUGCAGCGGCCAUCGUCGCUGGCAUCGAUGACGUCGCCAGGCCUGGCCACCUCGUCUUCGUUACGCGCACCGUCGAGCAUGCCGUCCAAGGUUGUCCCGCGGACUACGUCGGCCAUGGCGCCUUCGACGCCAAUUUCGGGCAUUCCGGCGACCUCGUCGACGCCAACGAGGCACAGCUCGAUGAUGCGCCCUCCCACCGUGCGAACUCCGCUUGGUCCCUCGCGGCUGCACACGCCGUCAUCGCGGCCGCUUUCCAUCCCCCGCGAAUCCAUUCACUAACUUAUAUACACAUCCCCAACCGAUAUUCGUAUUGGCCCGCCA